AUACCCGCCGGUCUACGAACAGGUAGUUUCUUACCGGUUACUACAAACGAUCGAACGAAACGCUCACCUAAACGAACUAUUUAUUUAAAAAGCUCACAAACUUAUUUAGUUACUUAAGUGAUUAUACAAAUGUGUGCGCGAACGAGUUAUGCGUCGUAUUAUUAAGCCCGUCAUAAGUGCAUAGCGGUAUCAAGAAAACCAGAUUUUAGUUCUCCAUGUAUUGAAAGUCGUAUUCUGUUUGUUUGCCAAGAGAGUGGUGAAGUUGGGGUCGAAUUUUAUUGAAAAAGCCUUCUAUGUCUCACCGGAAUAACUCUAAAGUCAAAGACCUCACAAAUGCUUCCACGAUGCAGCCAGCACGCGAAUCCAGCCGCCAGAAGCGGUGCAACAAACGCCGUCACUCCAGGAAGAAAUCCCUCUCUCCCUCAGACCUGAAGAGCCGCGACAAAACUGACUGCAAGCUUUAUAAAAGAUCACUCUCCGAAGGAUCAGUCAAGGUCAAACACAGGAAGAGCAAUAUCAAAAGAACUUUGACACAUCCCUUCACUUGCUCAGAUGAGCUGCAAGAUGUAACGGCGAUUGGAAGUUUAAAUGACUUCAGUAUGAAAGUCAAUCCAGCUCCUGAAAGUGAUGAGAGCAACCUUCCUCCGACCAGUAGUGAUAGGGAUACAGAGGACGAUGUGAGAGUACCUAUCCCGCAGUUGAGACAGGUUCGACCGAGGUGGGACUCUGGAAGCGAGAUGGACUCGCUGGUCUCGACCGUGGUGAAGCGAGCCUCGGCUAAGCGAAGACGGACGCCCGCAAACACAGAGUGGGGCGCCAGCAGUGAACCGGGCGAGGCCAGCGAACCGGAGGCCGGUCGCAUGCGUCCCGAGGACUACCGCCUGGUGUUCCUCAGCUCGGACUCGUCGUGCCCGGACACGGAGGACUCGUCGUCGACAUCGACGGCGCCGCCCGCGCCCGACGACUGCGACUGGGAUUACUUCGAGCCGGGGGUACCGCCGCGGGCACCACCGCAACGCUGCUGUUGUGGUGCAGAACCUCGCCUAAUAGCCGUCCCAGUACCAGUUCCCGUCCCAGUCCCGGCUGCGCUCUGGCCGGCGCUGCUGGCCUUCCCGAGUGCGCCGCCGCCGCCGCACUGGAGCACGUACCCUGGCUUGCCGCGGCUGCAGGCGGCCGCACUGGCGCGUUUCACCACCGCCGCCGCCGCCGCCGUAAACGAUAUGACCGUUGAUACGGCGAUACAGUCCGACGCGCAGAUACCAUCCGAUAACGAUAAGCCCGAUACAUCGCUAUCGGAUAUCGAGCCGCCGCCAGUCGAACAUGACGCGUCGGACGGAAUCAAGGUGAUCGCGGAGGAGCUAUUAGUGUCGGAAGAGGCGAUGCCGGGGCAUCUGGAAGCGGAGAAGGCGUUCCCUUCAUCGGACGAGUCUGGAGACUCGAGUGACUCGGAAGCGGGGGCGGAGAGGAGCUAUGACGUCACGCUUGGAGCACCAGAGGAGCCGGCGACGUCUGACGAGGAUUCUGAAGACUCGGGCGGCGGCGGCGGACGGUUCUCGCGCGUGUUCGUCGUCAACCCGGCCGACUCGUCGUCUGAGGGUGAGGACGCCGAUAGCAGCGGCAUCGACUGCGACGACUCCUACGACAAAAAGUCCGAUAGCUUAGAGAUUAUUGCUGUGGCACCCGCCGAGCGGCAUGACGACGUCGGUGCCGAGAACGACAAUAGCAGCGCCUCACAAAAUGACUCUAAUAAUUCCGAUAUUGUGCUCCUAGAUUCGAUAAGUUUCUCCGAAGACCAUCCAGUGAUUCCUUACGGAAGUGCUAACGAAGUUUCAUCGCCGAACGCAGACGGAGCGACUGAAAGGUCACAGUUUUUCAAGUUUUGCGACGAAAAUAUGCUACAGAGCGAAAUUUGCGAAACGUUUAAUAGCUUCAGCGCGUCAAGCGGCGCGAGCACUAGUCAUUUAGAUAACGACGACCAUAAUGACCGCAAUCAAACCCAAAGCGUGGCCGAAAACAUCGAGUGCGAUUCAUUAGAUAAUACUUUCAUCACGGAAAGCGAUAUGAAAGUAAAAGUCGCGGUAGAAAUGCCUAAUGAGAAAUAUGAGCGAGAAGUAGUAAUUUCUGACGAAACACCGAGGGAGUCGUUAGCGAAAUUAUCACCUUCGCCGGAGCCCGGGCAGGGCGGGCCGUCGUCGUCGGUACCGGCGGAAAAAAUAGACCUGUUCAAAGGUAUCGAACGAACACUCAGCGAAUUAUUGAAGAAAGAAUCGCUAGAGGAGCGAGAGGAGGAGAAAACAAACGGUGCCUCCGCGGGCGAGCGGGGCGCGGGCGCAGACGCGGCGGGCGCGGCGGCCGCAGUGUGCGGCGCGGCGCUCGGCCGCGCGGACGUCCCGGCGCGCUACACCAGCCGCGUCAUGAUCACGCACGACCGCGUGUCCGUGCUCACCUCCGACACCACGCGCCUCAUGCGCGACCCCGCCGUCACCGUGCACCACACCAACUCGCAGGACGAGGACGAGCCGGACGAGCGCCCGUCCGACGCGGACGCGGCCGCGUCCGGCGCCGUCACCGUCGUCAGCAACGCCGACACGCUGUCGGCCGUCGUGUGCCUCGAGGAGGGGCUCGCCGACGACGACUCGUGGGUCGAGGACGUCAGCCACGACGACGACGACAGCUCGCCCUCCGACUCCGACUCGGGCGACGAGGCGUGUCUGCCGACGAGGGGCGAAGAAUUCGCCUACUGCCGCCGCUCGCUCGACUUCACUCUGCACACGAUAGUCGAAGAAAGUUGCGAGGAGAGCGAAACUGAACAUACGACGAAAAAACAGCGACCGAUAUCGGCGACCGAGUUGGAGAAAUAUUUCUUUUUCGGAUUAGGUGACGGGAGGAAUGUGCGCGAUGAUGAGGACCUGGCGUCGGAGACCUCUAGUGUGUGUAGUGAGGGUGGUGAGUCGAUCGUGGACAAUGAACAGCCGAAACGUAGUGGUGAUAGUGAUGAGCUUGUGUCGUCCCGGUUGGAAAAGUAUUUCUUGUCUGGAUUUAUGGGAUUCAACCAGGAGAGGCGUGAUUCUGACGGAUCGGGAAGUGUCGGAAGUGAUAGUGAGGGCAGGCAGAGUCCGGAACAGAGGCGGAAACGGCUAGUGCGGGCCCGGGGCACGCCGCGGUCGCAUUCGUCGUCGUUAGAUAACUUACUGACGGGCGAGGAGCAGUCGCAAGAUACACAGGAAGUAUCGGACGGGUCGAGCACGGAGACGGAGGAGCGCCAUGACUCCUCGGAGAGGCUCGACGUGCAGGGCGAGUCAAAGAGGAAGAAACAGAGUAAGAAAACGCGGGGUUCUCCGGCGGACGAACGCCGACAGUCGAUGGAAUUUACCGAGGAGACGCGAGACGAUACAAGGUCAGUGUCCGAGGGGGAGGAGGGUAGGACAUCCCCACGACCGGAGUUCCCACCGCUAGGAUCUGAACUGUCCGAAUCUAAAAAACAAACCAGUAGAGAUAGUGGAUUUGUUGGCAGCUGUGAUGACUUAUUAAGAAACAACGAUUCCAGUUCAGAGUUUGCCAGAAAUCACGAGCCUAAGACAGAGUUAGAAGAAAUAACAGAAGAGAUUAGACCGGACGUGGAGGAGCGAGUAGAAGGCCCUCCCUCGUCCCGCCCGCCUCCUAGCCCACUGAGCCGGAAAGAUAGCUUUAAUAAUUGGUCGUCAGACGAAGAAACAAAUCUCAUGAUGACGAAAAUGCGACAGUUCUUUAAACAGAUGAUUAACUCCGCGAAUGUUAGAACAUCGACGCCUGCAUCGGCGUCGCCUAACUCCGAGAGCUCGCGACCACCGAAACCACCGCAGCUGUUGUAUUUCGAGAGCGAAUUGACGAGAUUAAUGAAAACCGUACCUGGAAUACGCGACGAGGAAGUUCGCGAGAUCGUAGAGUACCUCUCAAGCGAGGACACAUGGAGCGACUCGUACGACUCAUCAGAUUACGCCGGCUCAGACUUAGAAGGCACCACUAACAGGUCGGCGUUACGGAAGCAAAUAUCGGAAAGCUGUAGAGAGAUUAUUGACGAGUUUGAUAAAGGGAAUAGUGAGGCUGGUUCUUUAGAGCGCGACGCGGCGGGGGCUUACCAGAGACUAGCGGCUACCCUCGGCCGCGCCGGAGAAGGUUCACCUCCGUUAUUCGGAAAAGUGAUGCGGCAUAUAGGAGGUCGUCUAGUGGCACUUAUGCAUGAGGUAUCAGGCGGCGCGUCGACGACAACAGACGAUGACAGCGCGUCGGAACCGGGCGCAUUGGCACGGAGUAAAUCCCACGACAUUCUAGAAGCCACCGCAAGCCGCGGCAGUGUCGCUAGUGACUGUGAGCGGUUUUCUUGGCGAGGGAGCUUUGAGUCCGCGUUACUAGCAGCAGACUCAAGAGGCACGCUAGGCGGUGAGGCGAGGCGGUCGCCGGCGGGCGCGGAGCUCGCCUCACAGCGAUCACAUUCAAGGAGCUGUGGAGCUAUCAGUGGUAGUGAAGACAGGCUGUGGAGGGGACGACGACGCGCCUCCGCGCCUGAUGCUGAGUCAGAAGAGGAGCAGCGCGCAGGCUCGCUGCCCCGCCUGCCGUCGCUGGCGGGCGCGGCGUGCACGCCCCCGGGCCCCGUGAAGUCUGCCCGCUACCGCGCGCCCGGCUUCCGCGGCGCCACGCGCGCGGCCUCCGCCCCCGGCCUGCACGCGCCGCCCGCCGCGCGCCGCCGCCGCCCGCCCGCGGCGCCCGCGCAGCCCGCCGCGCCCGCCUCCGCGCCCAGCCUGCAGGAUGAAGUCUUCUCAGACACGACGCUCUCUCCUGCGCAUGCGACGCUGCCGCGGCGAUCCAACUCGCCGCUGCCUCACGAGCGGGACUUCGAUCGAGAUCGCUUCCCAAUCAACAGAAGUGGAUUGCAGGCCCGUUCAGAGUCUAUGGCGUCAGUCUAUUCGGGUGCCGGUGAGGGGACGCGGGGUAACGUGACCGUUCGGGGGGAUGUCCAAUUCUCCCUCCUCUACAACUACAGGCUAGGGGCCCUGGAAGUCGGAGUCAAGAGGUGUCGAGACCUAGCGCCUGUGGAUGUCAAACGCAACCGCUCCGAUCCUUAUGUUAAGGUUUACCUCCUCCCAGACAAAUCGAAGACGGGCAAGCGCAAGACUAAAGUAAAGAAGAACACAUUGAACCCAGUCUUUGAGGAAACCCUCAGCUUCGCGCAGCCGCUGACCUCGCUGUCUUCGCGGACACUGUGGCUCAGCGUGUGGCACGCAGACAUGUUCGGCAGGAACGACUUCCUCGGGGAAGUCACGCUGCCACUCGCCGACGUCGUCUUUGACGACCCCGCGCCGCAGUGGCAUAAGCUGCACGAACGGACUGAACAAUUUGAAUCCGAGUGCGGCUCCCGCGGCGACCUGAUCAUCGGGCUGAAGUUCUCCGUGGAGGGCGGCGCGGGGGCGGCGCGCCGCGGCACGCUGCACGUGCUGGUCAAGGAGGCCAAGAACCUCACGCCCACCAAGCCCAGCGGGCUGGCCGAUGUCUUCUGCAAGAGCUACCUGCUGCCGGAGCGCGGGCGCCUGGCCAAGCAGAAGACGGCGGUGUGCCGGCGCUCGCUGGCGCCGCGCUGGGAGCACACGUUCACGUACCGCGGCCUCACGCUGCACGAGCUGGCAACGCGCGCGCUCGAGCUCAGCCUGUGGGACCGCGACCGCCUCGCCUCCAACGACUUCAUGGGCGCCGUCAGGCUGUCGCUCGGCACCGGAACGUAUAUGGGAGCGAAUGUGAACUGGAUGGACAGCGUGGGCAAGGAGGUGACUCUCUGGCAGACCAUGAUGCAGCGGCCGAACUUCUGGGUGGAGGGGUCCCUGCCUCUACGGCCACAACUCAACAAUUGAACAUUACACUAAAAAUAGUAUAUUUUUGUACUCUGGCAACACCGAGGCCAAUGAAACACGACUCAUUCAGGAGACUGUAGGAUUUUGUUUUAAGCUCUGGUAACACAGAAAACUUUUCUUGAUACACCGUAAUGAUCAGAAUAACAACAGGACGGAAAUUGCACCGUAAGCGCGCGAUUCUUACUCGCCCGACAUACGUCACCCGUCACCCUCUCACAGUACUGCACAGAAAGAGACAGACCAUCUGUGUCGCGGCGAGAAAUAGUCGCGUGCUUACGAUGCUAGGUCCGCAGGAAAGUAUUCAUGUGUGACAGCUGUUUUGUUUAACGGGGUAUAAAUCCUCCUCCGACACAUAUUGUUCGUCUUUAAAAACUAUAUAGAGAAAAAGCGUUCUAAAUCAAUGUGAUUGAUUCGAUGUAAUCAGUAUUGUUAUUUAGACAAACAGCGUGGUUUGGGGUUUCAAUAUGUGCACUAUAAUUCAAGAAAUAAGAUGUCGCGUCGGUGAGAACAGUCGUUACGUCCUUUUGAGUCUAAAAUGGAAUCCUGUCUAUACAUUAAGGUAUCCAUACUUAAAGUAAGGAUCAGAAUGAGUCUCGUAGAGGUCUGAAUUCUGAAUCGAAUUUUAAAAUUCGAAGUCAAAUUGAAAGUAACUCGUCUACAUAAAAUCGUAACUUACUGAAAUUAUGUUGGAGUACCUACCAAAUUACAAUGGAAGUAGGUUAGUUUUUUCUUGAAAACAUCACAUCGAAUUUGAUCAACGUAAAAAGGACGCUGUAUUUUGGAAAAGACAAUGAUUACUACAAAAUACUCUAAGAUAAGUUUGUUUGGUAUGAUCAAGUGCCAAUCUAGAAUACUUUAAAAUGUAUCUACUUAUUUCUUUUUAGUUUCUUUCUUCGUAUUUUAGAUAUUAUAUACUUUUAGAAAUAUCUACUCUAUAAUCUUUAUAACUUUUACUACAUUCCAACUUGUGAUACGAUUCUAUAAUAUUUCUAAGACUUAUUUCGAAGAUGACAAUAAUAUUAAAUUACUUCUAUGAGUAACUGCCUGUAACUUAAGGUUUUAGGAAAUAAAUGUGUAAGUUAAUGCAUUUAAAUUAGGAUUAAAAUGUACAAAUUAACAUGAGUCCGUAAGUCUAUGCUCAUGCGCAAUGUGAUCUAAAUUUACUAUUUUAGUAAAGAGACGAUAAAUGUAUGAAUGUAUUAUGUAAAAUGUUUAAAAUAAUGAAUAGGUUUGUGAGAAUUAUUACAUUUAGAUGUAUCGAAACGUCCAUAGUUUGUAAUAUACUUUAAAAUACUACUUAACAAUUCAAUAUA